AUGUCUUUCGAACCCAUGGAUUCCGCCUUCUCCCCCGCCCGCUCCGUCUUCAAGCGCUGCAAGCAGUGUGAAACCACAUCCCCCGCCUGUCCCGCAUGUCCCGAUGGAUCAAUAUGUACCAUGACCGCCCCGAGCUGUGAUGCAUGCGCCACCACUAAGUGCGUUUCAACGGGCGCCGCGCCCUCGAACUCCGGGGGCACCGACACUGGCGCUAUUGCUGGUGGUGUUGUCGGAGGCGUGGCUGCCAUCGCCAUCGUUGUAUUCUUGAUAUGGUGGUUCAUCAUCCGAAAGAAGCGCCUGGAGCGCCAGGAGGCGGAGAAGAACGGUUCAUUCGCAGCAGCUCGCAGUGAACGCCGGUCCAUCGCCUCUACAGUCCUAACCCGUGCCUCCAAUGUAAUCCAAAUCGCUUACAUUCCUGGUGUCACCAACCGCUCUCCACCGCAGACCCCAUCCACCCUUAUGCCUCCUAUUCCACCGCUUCCUGGUGCGACACCCGAUCAACACUUCUUCAUGCCGGGUGACCUGCGUGACUCGUCAUGGACGACCACUACCGGCCACCAGAGCAUCUCCCCCACUUUGCGCAGCAGUGUGGCCACCACCAUCUACCGCAACGAUGCCAUUGUCAGUGCCGUUCCUGCGCAGCAGAUCCAGCGGACUCGGGCAGCCGUCGUGAGUAUCCACAACGGAGGACCUGGGUCAGCGAAUGCCCCUGGAGACGACUCGCCCGUUACUGUCACGAUUACCCCUGCAGACGCACCCGCUGUCCCAGCCAUUACCCCGGCGCAACUCGCUCGGGCGGAGGCUGUCAAGGGCAACAGUUCAUGUAUUGCUCGCAGUGUAACCGCCAAGCCAGUGAUGGUGCGUGGCCCUUCGGUGAAGAACAAGCAAGCCAACAACGCGCCCGCUGCCAACCGAGUCGAAGAGCUGUCCGGGAACAGUAAAAGCAAUGACACCAGCCCGACAGUAUCAACCACAAACAGCAACCAGUCCAGUCCGUUCUCAUCGGUCGAAGAUGAAGCUGCUGAUUCUUCGAUUCGCGACGCACGUCGCGCUUCCGGCUUGAGUGACGGACGUAACUCCCCUCGGACGCCACCCGCACGGGUAGAAAGUCCAUUCUCGGAUGCCAAUGAGGUGAAAUGA